AUCGAAUUCGCAUUUUGCAAUAAUCGGAAGACAUGUUCUUCGGGAGAAUUCCCUCUAUAAAGGUCACGGGUUCGUAGCCCACUAAGCUCUAGGCUCUACCGAUCCAUUUUGCUAUUUUUUUCCCUUCUUCAGCUGCCGCCCUCGAAUCCACCAAGCACCAGUAGGAGUGCUGUCUGGAGCUUCAAUCUAAUAAGUGAUCGGGCGCUGAAGCGAAGGGUAUCGGGUUGUGUUGUAUUGCAAGGGUUCAGGUGAGCGGGGGAUACAAGAGCUCUGGAAGGGAUGGCCACAGGACCCGCCAGAACGCGUGCGGAUUAUGAUUAUCUCAUAAAACUAUUGCUGAUCGGGGACAGCGGUGUGGGUAAAAGUUGCCUCCUCCUACGUUUUUCAGAUGAUUCUUUUACAACCAGUUUCAUAACUACCAUAGGGAUUGACUUUAAGAUAAGGACUAUUGAGCUUGAUGGUAAGCGGAUCAAAUUGCAAAUUUGGGACACUGCUGGUCAAGAGCGCUUCCGCACGAUCACCACAGCAUACUAUCGAGGUGCCAUGGGCAUUCUUCUAGUUUACGACGUCACUGAUGAAUCAUCUUUCAAUAACAUUCGGAACUGGAUUAGGAACAUUGAACAGCAUGCAUCUGACAAUGUGAAUAAGAUAUUAGUUGGUAACAAGGCUGAUAUGGAUGAGAGCAAGAGAGCUGUCCCAACUGCACGGGGCCAGGCACUUGCAGAUGAGUUUGGCAUCAAGUUUUUUGAAACUAGUGCUAAAACAAACUUAAAUGUGGAACAAGUUUUCUUUACAAUUGCACGGGAUAUCAAACAAAGGCUUGCUGAGAGUGACUCCAAAGUUGAGCCCCAGACCAUCAAGAUCAACAAACCAGACCCUACAAAAGGGCCAGGCAAAGCUGUAGAAAAACCAAGUUGCUGCACAUCUUGAAAUUGUACAAAAUUAUGUAUUCAGCCUGUGUAUAAACCGUGGCUUUGAAUGUCAAGGGGCUGGUACAAAUUAAUGGGCUUGGGGAUGAUGGUUGCGUACCUAUCAUGCUGCCAAUGUUUCAGCUGAUGGCUGAUGUUUUGAGAAAUGUGAGUGGAUUAUUGAUUGAUAUAUACUGGUUCCAUCAUGCAUUGAUGUAGUAUUGUUAUGGCAUGAAGGCGCACCUGAAUCUGUCAUCAAUCACUUAUUCUUUUUGUCGUCUCUUUUAUUAUUAUUAUUUUUUUUUCUAGAUUCUUUUGAGCUGAUUUACAUUUCUACUACAGUGUAAGUUUCAUGGUACCCAUGUCUAGUGACACCCUAGUUAGGAUUAUUUUUGUACAUGGAUGUAGUGCUUUGUGGUUUUUGUUUAGAGCACUCCAGAUUUAAUAUGAGAAUGGAAUUUUACAA